AAAGAGGUGGGAGCACGUGUUAUUGCUUCGAACACGUCGAGAAAGCAUACGAUAUAUUAGUCUCUGUUAGACUCGCGAAAUCGGUCGUCGUGUCGGCAGUGUAUUUUUCAAUCAUCGUCAUCCAGACUGAACGCACGAUUAAACAGAUCAGCUGAUAUGGUCGUCAUAGCAAGACAAACGAUUUUCAGGUUUUUUAUACUGUGCAAUUAUUUGCUUGUCAUCGGCCAAUCAAAAACAAUUCGAUAUGUCAAUAAUACUAAUGCUAAUAGUCGCAUUAACAAUGAUGAUGAGCAAGUUGCCAAGAAACCAUUUACUUUGAGGGAUAUUUAUUUGCAAACUUACCGUGCAACCGGCUUUAAUGGCACAUGGAUCUCCGAUACAGAAAUUAUGGUUACGAACAUUAUUAAGAGCAAUAUUACUGUUUAUGACGUAGUAACAAAGAAGACUAAAUUGGUUUUUGAUGGAUCAACAUUACCUAAGCAAUACAAAUUUAGUUCGGCAACCUUCUCGGCUAACGAACAAUAUAUUCUGUUUGGUUAUGAUAAUAAACAAGUGUUCAGACAUACAACUGUCGGAAAGUAUGUAGUGUUCGAUGUAAAACGCAAUACAUUUGAAAAAAUCGCAGAUGAGGCUCUUAUCGCAUUCGUGUUAUGGUCACCGAAUGGCAGUGAUUUGGUUUAUGUUCAUGAUAACGAUAUCUAUCACAUGAUUUUCAAUCACGGCCAUACUGUAGUUCGUAGAUUGACGGAAAGUGGUAAAUCUGGAGUCGUUUACAAUGGAAUACCGGAUUGGGUAUACGAAGAGGAAGUAUUUGCGUCUACAACCGCAAUGUGGUAUUCGCCAGAUGGACAAUAUCUAGCCUUUGCGACCUUUAACGAUACUGUAGUAAAAGACAUGGCAUACUUUUAUUACGGCGUGCCAGGUUCAUUUGAGAACCAAUAUCCUACUCAAGUAAAGCUAAAAUAUCCCAAGGCAGGUACGCCUAAUCCAGAGGUUUCUUUGGCAGUAAUCGAUUUAAAUGAUCCAUCAUCAAAAGCAAUCAUUUUGGAAGCCCCAGUUGAUGUGGUUGGCAGCGAUAAUAUUUUGUUCACUGUGAGUUGGUGGGAUAGAACACAUGUGAUUGCGACAUGGACGAACCGCGUGCAAAAUCAAUCUCAAUUGAUCAUGUACGAUGUGCAGAGUAAUACUAAUAGAUCGGUUUUAUAUGACGAGGAGAUCGAAGGCUGGCUUCAGCCGAAUCGUCCUAUAAGAGUCGGUGAUUAUGCAUUAAUUUUACGAUGGGAGGAUUCUGGCAUUGAUGCCGGUAAAUUCCGACAUAUAGACAGGUAAAGGCAAGCAAUUUGAACAAAUACAUCUGUAUAAAUCUAUAAAAAAAUUAAUUAAAUUGUUUAACGUACCUCGAUA